AUGCUUUCUCCAGAGCUGUGCUUCGAUGGCUAUUGGACGGCGCUGAAGUGUUGCAAUGAUGCUGACCCUCUCUGGAUGCAGAAGUGCUGGACGGGGGAAGGGCGGCACAUGGCGAGUUGCUGUCACGGACGGGCAUUGCAAGCUCGAGAUCACCUGCAGAAUAAGCUGAGGCGAGUCAAGUUGUCUCAGGGCCCUUGUGCUGCAUCUUUCGACUUGUCCGAUUUCAGCAACAUGGGGAUGCUGGUUUCGGCAACGAAAUGGGUAGUGACUGAUGCAGAUCUCCGUGCACGAGAAUCAUUUCAGUUUGGGCAUCGCCAGAUUCCGGAUCGAUGUUCUCAGGUAGCACAGCAGGAGGAUGACGAGUCAGCAGCGGUUCGCUUAUGGGAUAUGCUCGGCCGUGGGCGCAGCGCACGCCUCCUGAAUUUCGGGGCUGGUAGCUGGAGCGAUCCUCUGUGGGCGAUUGCGCUGCAGCGGAAUGCAACAGGCCUUUUCGUUGACCCAACGGGCCCGCCUAAAGAGUUGCGGUCACGGGCAGGCAUACACUUUGUCAGUGAUUUUGUUCGGCCUGAUAAUGUUCGCAAGCUGCUGCGCGGCGCGGGUUUCAGAGGGAGACCAGGAUCGCCUAUGCCUAUUGACUUCAUGAAGGUGGACGUAGACUCAUGCGACUGUGUGCUUGCAUCAAUCGCAUUGCGCUUCGUUCGGCCCAGCGUCAUUAUCAUGGAGCUAAACUGGAGCUUGCCUCCACCUCUGAGGUUCGUGCGCCAGUGCCAUGCUGACUGGAGUCGAAAAUGGUCUUCUUGGAGCUCUGUUGGGUUCCCACUCUCGACACAUGGUUGUUCACUGUCGGGUGCCCUCGCCGAAUUGGCGCAAUUUGGGUACUCUUUAUUUCGGUUGGCAGGCAAAUUCAAUGCCUUCUUCGUUCAUCGUGACGUUGCUGAUUUGUUGGGCGGGGCUGAUGUCGACGAGGUCUUCUGCUUUAACCAAGUGUGGCAGGACAGCUCCAUCGUUCGCUACCUACAUUGGAAACUCAGCCACGAGUGGCGUACAGGUUCAGUGAGCGAUGCGUUGCGUCAUGCUUGGGGCAAUUUCACAUGCUAUGACUGGGUCUUCGACAUAUCCCACAUACCUUUUACACUGGCUGUUUGA